AUGGCAACAGGCGGGCAUUGUGUCAAACCCAAGGAUGUUGUAGAUGAUGACGAAACCUCAUCCUCAGGCAGUUCAUCGGACAACGAUGAUGCCAUUGAGGAGCAUAUCCCAUUGAAUCACGGAGUGAAAGAAUCAUCUUCGUCUCAGCAGAUUCCAAACCUCUUGACAAGACCGAUGGCAGGGCCGGCAUCAGACCUAAAAUCGCGAUUGCGGGCGUUUCUCCCAGAAAUCGAAAAGGCGAAUUCCGAGUUGGAAGACGCUGACAACGUUAGUAAGCAAAGAAUCGAUAAUGUUCCAGAGGACGAAGAGCAUUAUAUCGAGAUGAACCUGGAGUUAGGAGUGUUGACUGAACGCAAAGGAAGGGAGGAACAUGGAGAACUCAAAUUUCGAGAGUCAAGUUCAGAGGACGAGAGUGAAGAUAAUCUUGACGGAAGCUCCACAAAACAACCAUUGCCAGUGGAUGGUACUGCGGUAUCACAAUUGAAAGGAGAAAAAGUGCAACAGAAGCAGAGAAGCAAGAUCGAGGAGAUUGGGCCAAAUGGCGUUUAA